AUGGCCUCAAGCACUGGCAGAAUUGUCGAUCUCAUCCAGUACACGCAGUCCGCUGCCCCCACUGCCGGUCGUUUCAAUGCCGACGAAGAGUGCGCCAUCUGCCUCACUCCUCUGUCAGAGGAAGGGCCAUACAAUGCACUAGGCAACGAUCGGUUCCAAGCUGAAUUCGAUGGAACGUUCCUGGCCUGUUCAGCCGGUCACCCGUUCCACAGUCACUGUAUACUAAGGGGGAUCAUGUCGCAGAGGAGCAGCCGCGGUCUCGAGGAUCGCUGCCCACAAUGUCGCCGUCGCUUGUUUAUCGACAUCGAGUACGUCAAGAACCGCCAAGAACGGUACCAAGCUCGCGUCGAGUGGGCUAGCGAGGAAGAUCGACCCGAUCACAUGCUGGUCCUCAAUGAAGUAAUGCAGGUGCGGGUGCUCCUCGACAAGGCCGUAUACGAACGGGGACUGGAGGCUUGGGUUCAAGUUGAGGUUGUUGGUGACUCUGGAGAACCGGAUGAAUACACUCGAGCAAUGGAAAGGGCGGAGGAAUUGGAUCAGGAGAUUGAGAGGCAGGAGACGAGCCUGUAA